AUGGAAAAUGAAGGUAAAGAAGGCUUUGUGUGUUCAUCGGGAACGGAGAAUGGAGGGGAGGAUGUGUAUAGCUGUAAACAGUCAGAUGCUUCUUCUGUUGAUCAUCUGGUUAUCAUGGUUCACGGUAUUCUGGGAAGUGCCAGGGAUUGGAAGUUCGCUGCCGAGCGGUUUGUUUCAAAGCUCCCUGAUAAAGUUUUCGUUCACUGCAGUGAACGGAAUAUGGCUAAGCUGACAUUGGAUGGUGUGGAUGUAAUGGGCGAGAGGUUGGCUGAGGAGGUACUUGAUGUGAUAAAACGGAAGCCAGAUUUAAGGAAAAUUUCUUUUGUGGCACAUUCUGUGGGAGGAUUAGUUGCAAGAUAUGCCAUUGGGAGGUUAUAUAGACCUCCAAAUAGGGAAAGCUCAGAGUUAUCAGCUACUUCCUAUGAAAAAGAGUCAGAUGGUACAAUAGCUGGUCUGGAACCAAUAAACUUCAUCACUUUUGCUACUCCUCAUCUUGGUUCAAGGGGUAAUAAGCAGGUACCAUUUCUUUUUGGAGUACCUGCUUUUGAGAGAUUAGCUAGUUGUGUAAUUCAUUUGAUAUUCAGAAGAACGGGUCGGCACCUCUUUCUUACAGAUGAUGAUGAAGGAAAGCCUCCAUUAUUAAAAUGCAUGCUAGAAGACAGAGGAGAAUUACAUUUUAUGUCUGCUUUGCGUUCAUUUCAACGCCGGGUGGCGUAUUCAAAUGUUGGUUAUGACCAUAUAGUAGGCUGGAGAACAUCUUCAAUAAGACGUAAUAUUGAACUGCCCAAGUGGGAGGAUUCACUAGAUGAAAAAUAUCCUCAUAUUGUUUAUGAAGAGCGUUGCAAAGCAAGCGAUGGAGAGCAGCGUGAGUCUGUUUCCACAGAUGAUGAUGGUUUAGAUGAGAUGGAAGAGGAGCUGUUGAUUGGCCUAUCUCGCUUGACAUGGGAAAAAGUAGACGUCAGCUUCCACAGGAGCAAGCUUAAAUUUGCUGCACAUAGUGUUAUUCAGGUAAAAGAGCAUUACAUGCAUAGUGAGGGUGCAGAUGUCAUCCAACAUAUGAUCGAUCAUUUUCUUCUUUAG